AUGUUCGUCAACAUAUACUUUGAGGCCGCAGACAGCCAUCUAACCGACUACGCCCUUCUAGAGGUCAUGCUAUUGCGCCUCGAGAACGGCAAGGCCAGUCUGACCCUCGAUCCUGAAGACGAGGAGAUCGCAAAUUGUUUCUCAUUCGAGAUAGCCGGAUCCUGCCAGGCAUGGGCCUACGCUGCUGCGAUCCACAAGGUGUCGUCUUGGGUGCGGCGUGUGCAUAAGCAUGGUCUUCCGUUCGAUCGUGCGGAUGUUUUUCAAGUUGGUUUGGGUUUGAAUAUUCCGAUGUCGCGGUAA